AUGGGCAACAACAAUGCUACUACUACUACUACUAGCACUACUGCUACACUCCAAAAAGAAGAAAAGGAUGAUGACGACACUACUCCCUCCUCGUCCUCAUCUACUGCCUUGAGCCAAGCCCUUUUAUUGAAGCAACAGGCUCAGCAAUUACGCGAGGAAGCCAAUAACCAAGCCAAAGCCUUGCAGGAACAAAAGGACCAUCAGCUAGCCCUCCAAAAUAGCAAAAUUGACAGUUGGAUUGACGAUUUGCUAGUUCAGUACCAAGUCGACGACGACACUCAACUCUUGCACUCGGUCGAUCAAGUCUUGUGCAGGUUGCGAGACGAUCGGUAUUCCAAAGAGCAAGUCCAAAAGAUUUUCAAACGGAUUUGCGAAACGGGGCCUCCUCAAAGUCGGAGUCGGUGUUCCCCCAUUAUGGAGCUCUUUGUCGAUGCCGUCGGAAAGCUCGACGAGGUGGAACGAGAUGAGAAUCCCAACAAGCGGUGGACGGGCAAAAUAGAGCGGGAGUUGCGAAAGAAAUUGUUUGCUAUGGACUGGGGAAUUGAAUUGCAAGAUGAAGAUGAUGAAGGCAAUCCAUGGAAAUUGCGGUAA